GUGUCCUCAGCAGGAACUGCACAGAGAACGGUUGGUCUGUCGUCUACCCCGCCAUCACCAUCGCCUGCUGGUCGAACAACACAGAUGAACCCAGUGAGCUGGUCUUCUACAAAGUGGUGAAGAUACUGUCCACUCUGGGCCACAGCCUGACCCUCAUCUCUCUGCUCACCAGCACCAUCGUCAUCUGUUUGUUCAGGAGGCUGCACUGCACGAGGAACUACAUCCAUCUGAACUUGUUUGUGUCGUUCAUGCUGCGAGCCGUGGCCGUGCUGGCCAAGGACACGCUGCUCUUCUCAGCCGAUGAAAACACAGACUGCAGCACGCAGCCAUCGCUGGUGGGCUGUAAGGCCAGUCUGGUGUUCUUCAACUACUUCAUCAUGGCCAACUUCUUCUGGCUGCUGGUGGAGGGUCUCUACCUGCACACGCUGCUGCUCGUCAUCCACAACUACUCCAUCCGCCUCUCCAUCUACAUGCUCAUCGGCUGGGGAAUCCCUUUUGUUUUCAUGGUUGCGUGGAUCAUAUGUAGGAUAAACAUGGAGGACACGAGGUGUUGGGAGAUGAACGACAACCCUGUCCCCAAUAGACUGAUCGACUGGCCCAUCGUGGCAUCUGUCAUCAUCAACUUCAUUAUCUUCAUCAGCAUCAUCCGCAUCUUGGUGCAGAAGCUGCGCUGCACUGACGUCGGAGGAAAUGAGCAAUCGCAAUACAAGUACGCUCCCAGAACACCAGGACAUAUUUUACCUUUUAUUUAUUUGAUUUUUACAUUACGUUAG